AUGCAUGGCGAUGAAAUGAAUAAAUGCCGGUUUCUCUUAAUUUUCCCCCUUCCCACACCCACACCAAUACGCCCAGGCACACAUUUUCUCUCGACAGCUGCCCGGGCCAAAAUCAUCGGUUCCCAGGAGGUACACGUGAAGAAAGGCAGCACCAUCUCCCUGUCCUGCGUGGUCAACGUUCACGCCUCGUCUAUCUCAUGGUACCACGGCUCAUCAGUGGUUGACUUUGACUCGGCCCGAGGGGGCAUCAGUUUGGAGACGGAGAAAACCGAGGGCGGCACCAGCAGCCGGCUGAUGCUCACGAGAGCCACCCUGAGGGACUCGGGCAACUACACGUGCGUCCCGACGGCAGCCAUCUCUGCCAGCGUGCAGGUUCACGUUCUAAAUGGUGAACACCCGGCUGCAAUGCAAACCAGCAGCGGACGACUCUGCUGUCCAGCUUCUCAUGCACGAAGCGAUCCGCUUCGUGCUUGUGUCAACGGCAGUCAGUCUUCUAAUUUGUAUCCGUCGCCGGUUCAUCUGCAGUCGUCCUGUCACUCCCUCCAGCAGCAGCAGCAACAGCAGUAA